UCUUACCCUGGUCUUUCUUUCUCGAGUUUCAGGCUUAACCAUUAAUGCUAAUGUUUCCCAUUUAGGGAGUAGCAGGGCCAGCCAUGAUUUAAAUUCCAUUCAGCAAAUAUUGUUAGUCUUGGCCACACUCCCAGAACUAUAAUGUGGUUGCUCUCUUCUAGGAAUCUGUAGUGUGAUUGGAAAUAAAUAUCGGCCGUGACGCAGUAUAGAGAACGCAUCUCUGAGCUGGAGGUGACCGAGAGCUGAAAUGCUUGCCCCAGAAUAAAUGCAGAACUUCGGUUCUCACUCAUUUUGUUGACAAAAUAUCUGAUUCAACACGAUGAACUGUAUGUAAUGAGAGGUCCUCAGAGCCCAGAGGACACCGAGGGAGGAGAAGUCAGGACAGUGUUGAAGGCUCUGUCGCCAGCAAACAUGGGAAUGAACAGGACAGAAGAAUAAAGCCUCUCCCCAGAGCCAAACGUGUUUGACUGCUGGAAGGGCCAGGAUGACCGGGCAAUGAGAACCCAGGGGAGCUCCUCACCACCUUCUUUCCUCCGGCCUCCUCCCUUCCUCUUCCCGUCUCUGCGCCCAGCGAUGGAGGGACUGGAUCAUAGGAUCUUCCCUGUGCAGACAGAGGCCACCGGAAAUGGCAUCACCUCCCCAGACACGGGCUUGUGAAAGUUCCAGCACCCAGCGUUGAACUUCUUUCCCUGGAAGACAGAGUCUGGGCCAUUCUGAUCUUCAGCCAGGAAAGGACUCUAUCUAGGGAAGAGAUCUGGAGUCCACAGAGAGACGUAGACAGAAAGUCACCAGGGGUUUCAAUGAAUCCCUACUGUUACAAGUCACUGGGCAGAUGGGGGAUGGGACUCCAGCCACCGGACUUGGUGGCACCAAAGGACGAGCUGCUAGUGGUCUAGACUGGUAAACAAUUAAAUUUCUUUCUUUCUUUCUUUUUUAAAAAAAGGUGCAAGGAAACAGCCAAUUCAGUGUUGAAGGAAAGAGGAUGUACAGAGUCUAUUUAUUGUCUGUGCAAUCUUGUCUGUGGUGGUUGACCACAAAGGCCUGGCAUUCCAGCCCUGCUUUUCAUAAGCCUGUGACGGCAGGAGACUCAGUCCAUCUUUCCACCUUGAUUUUUGAAUAAUGUGUAAAUGAAUAAAAUGAAGAAUACCUAUUCCGUAAGUUUCUUAAGAGGAGCACAUGGAUGAGCAAGUAAAACACUUAAAUAGCACCCCGAGAGUUUAAGUAAGGUUACCCAGUUGGUGUUGUGAAACAGUUGGUUAAGUACUUCACUGCAAAUAAUAAUAGUUAUGAUAAAGCUAGCUAACAUCCUGAGUGGUGGAAAUGGAACCAGAUAAACUCCAACCCUGUUUUGCUUCCUCGUGGAAAAUGUCAAGUUGUGUACAAAAUAGUUUUUCCAGCGGAGAAUAACAAGGAGGAAAUGGCAUGCAAAUUUUUCUUUCUAGAUAAUUUUACUUCCUUCUUUUCAUUUCAGCCAAUAUGUAUAGCUGGAGUUAAAAGCUUUGGGUUCUGAAACCCUGUUUCUAUCCCCCAAGAAAGAAAACCUACCUAUGCCCCAAGUUUAUCUAAUCCCUCAGAAGUUGCCCUCAAUGCCAGGCCGGUUCUGGCUUUUGCUAGCUGAGCAACCUUGGGCGAUUUUGCGUAACCUCUUCAGGCCUCUGUUGAUUUCUGUCAGCAGAGGUAACUAAAGACUGGGCUGUGAGAAUCCAACAGGCCAGCCAGCAGGGUGAGUGCCCCUCGAAUGUCCCCUGGAAAGAGGCAAAAGUGAGGGUGCACCUUGGAAGACACUGAGACCCGAGGACGAGGACUCCAGGAACGGUUGGGCCCUGGAGGCAGGAGGCGCUUGUGUCUGAGGGGAGCCUGGGUGACAGGGCCUGUUACCUCCCAUAGCAGACCAAGCGGUAAGGAGCGGGGCCCUUGGAGGAAGGCGAGGCCUGUCUGAAGGCCAAGCAGGAAUUUCUGACAAAAUUGACUUCCAGUCAAUGAGUAGAUCUUAAGAAACAGAUCCCAGCAGGGGGCGGGGCGCACGCCUUUCGUCCCAGUACUCGAGAGGCAGAGGCAGGCAGAUCUCGGUGACUUUGAGGCUACAAAGCGAGUUCCAGGACAGGCAAGGCUACCCAGAGAAACCCUGUCUCGAAAAAGAAAAAGAAAAAAAAAACAGAUUCCGUGAUCUCACACCCACACCCACAAAUGGGGAGGGGGGUUUGUGGAAAAUGAAAAAAAAAAUUAGCCAUGCAAACUAAACUAAAACAGAAGUAAAAGUGGACAGUGCUCGACUUCGGAAAACGUUGCUGAAUCCUAAAGUAUAUUUUCAAUAUACAUGUGUAUCUACCUUACAUAUAUAACAAUGGAAUGUAUAACUAAUCUGCUAUAUUCUAUAUGAUAUAUGAUUAACAUUAAAAUACAAUUAGCUUGCCUCUGCCUCCCAAGUGCUGGGAUUAAAGGUGUGCGCCACCCCUGCCCACCUGGUCUACAGAGUGAGUUCCAGGAAGGGCGCAACGCUACACAGAGAAACCCUGUCUCGAAAAACAAAAACAAAAUUCAAUUUGCUACAUAAAUGUAAGGUAGAUACACACAUUUGCCUAACAUGCACCAGACCCUGGCUUGGAUCCACCACGACCCCCCCCCCCCCCCCCCAAAUCCCGCCCCCCCCCCCAAAAAAAAAGUAGGAAUAAAUAGUAAUAGUUGAGCUGAGCUCCAUUCAGGCUAUCAUUUUAAGGAUUUUUCAUGUUUCAAGAAUGGUGACAACAGCCAUUUAUGAAAACUAAAAACAAAGACGAAGCUUUUUGGAUGGGAUGUAUUUCCAGUCAUAUGUCCAACCCAGUUUUCGUCCAGAACUGAAGCUCUGGACACACGUUAGAGCGGGUUGCCUUCGUCCCAGGCCACACCAAUAUUUACCUUGAGGAAGACUGUCCAAAGGUCGGGAGGGAGGGAAUGGUCUUAGGAAUUGUCACAAUUUGGUGUGAGGAGAAAGAACCCUGGAGAAGUUGGAGGGCUAUUGUUAUUCCUCCCUUCCCCCACUGAAGAACUUUACCCACCUGAAUGCCUGGAGCUGAGGAGCCACCGGGGGUGGGGUGGGGUGGAGAAGGGGUUAUUUAUAAAGUGGCAGCAUCUUGCUAGCCAUCAACUAUUUACGAAAUCACUAGUCACUCACUAGGCUUCCCGCCCCUCCAGGCCACAAUGCCCGAGGCUGGGAGAGUGCAGAUCUGGCCGGGAUCUCCAGCUGAUCUUACCCUAGGGCCGAAUCCCGGGCCCUCCCACUCGGCCUGGUGGCUUUAUUGCCUCAAUUCUGAGUCAUCUGCAUACAAAUAGUAUUGAUAAGGUGAUGGGUGGUCCUUUGUCUUCCUCCUCCUCCUCCUCCUCCUCCUCCUGGGUCUAGGGAAGAGAAGCCAUUUACAAUCUGGCUCGGACCACGGGCAAAAGCCAGAACCAGGUUCUCUAGAGCAGAAUAGGGACUCGCUCCAAGGCUUGGGGGUGACUGGAGCCCAGGUGGAAGGGAGGCUGGAGAACUGCAGAGGGGGGCCUUGAGAAAGACGGCCUUUGGAGGGAACCCCUGGGAGAGGACAGGACCCAGCAGGGCCGGGGCUCCGGUGGGCGCCGCAGAAGUGCGGCCAGCGGCCGCUGCGAAGGUCAAGAGUCGGCCUUUGAAAGGAAGCCAAGAAGCCAGUGGUGACUUACUGACAAAUGUCUUCGGGUUUGAUGCGACUGGAAGCCAAGUUAAAGCCCGAGGAGGAGUGAGUGGGAGGAGAGGACCGGACACAGGCUGUGCAAAGAGCGCUUUAAAAAAAUGUGGCCUUGAAGGCCGGGCAGUAGGACAGACAGGCCGGGAGGUGGAGCCAACGAAGUUACCCCCUUUUUUUUUUUUUUUUUUUUUUUGAAGCAGGGAGAAAUUAGGAGGGUGGGAGCUAACCUUAGGACUAGUGACUGGAAGGCAGAAGGCAGGGUUAGUCCACUCAGGGGAGAUAGCUUGAGGAUGUAGAAAGCUCCCGGCGCGACUUGGCUGUUGGCCUUCUUCCCCAGAAGGAGCAGUUCCCAGACCCAGCUUGUGCAAAAGAGGGAGCUAAGAGGCGCGACGCAGGGCAUCAUGGUUCGCCUGUUGGCCUCAGAAGUCCAGCAGCUGCUACACAACAAGUAUGUGGUCGUCCUUGGGGACUCUGUGCAUAGGGCGGUGUACAAGGACCUGGUGCUCCUGCUGCAGAAGGAUUGCCUGCUCAGUUACAAGCAGCUCAGAAUGAAGGGGGAGCUGACCUUUGAAAAGGACCAGCUGAUGAAGGGAGGCGAGCUGGAUACGCUGCACAAUCGCACCGACUACCGCGAGGUGCGCGAGUUCUGCUCCGACCACCACCUGGUGCGCUUCUACUUCCUCACGCGCGUCUAUUCCGAGUACAUGGAGAGCGUCCUAGAGGAGCUGCAAUCGGGCACGCAUGCCCCGGACGUGAUCAUUAUGAACUCUUGCCUCUGGGACGUCUCCAGGUACGGGCGGAAUUCCUUGAGUAGCUAUAGGCAGAAUCUGGAGAGCCUGUUUGGGCGCAUGGACCAGGUGCUGCCCAAGUCGUGCCUGCUAGUGUGGAACACCGCCAUGCCCUUGGGUGACAAGAUCAAGGCGGCCUUCCUCCCUCAGAAGUGUAAGGGCCAGGCUCGGAUCUCGGUAGCCACCCUGAAAAAAAGAGUGAGGCAGGCCAACUUGUACAGCCAUGCAGAGGCAACCAAGCGCUGCUUCGACGUGCUGGACUUAAAUUUCCACUUCCGGCAAGCCAAGAAGCACCUGCAGGGAGAUGGUGUGCACUGGAAUGAACAUGCACACCGCAAACUCACCUACAUGCUGCUGGCCCACAUGGCCGAUGCCUGGGGUGUGGAGUUGCCCCACCGAGACCCAUGGGAGAUUGAUCCUGUGGACUGGGAAAGUGCAGGCCCAGGCCCGGUAGAAGAAUGGCAGCCCCAGGCCAAUAGAGGGCCUCAGGCCUUUGCCCCGCCCCCACCUGGGCCUUUCCCCAGGCCACGCCCCCUAUUCCCUCCCCCUGGCAUGCCCGUAAGGCCCCCACCCCUACUAGCAUGUCCACUGCCCCCACCUCAGGUGACACCCCCGUUACCCCCAUAUCCCCAAGAUUCCUAUUUCUCCUCAGACCAUAUUUUCCAGACGGAUGAAUUCUAUAUUCAUUCAGAGGACCCCUCGCCCCCCCACCCAGGAUAUGCCUUUGAGGGUGACUUUAGUUUUCAUCCCCAGCCACCCAUGCCCAACUACCGCCCACCCUGUUACCAGCGCCCGGCCCCCGGGGCGCAUAGGGGUUUCCAAAGGCGUUUAGCUCAGGGCCCCUAUAUGCCCUGGAGAGGCCGGCCCAGGCGACCACAAAGACAUGGCCCAGGCUAUGUAGAUUCAAGGCCUCAAUAGUCUGACUUGAACCCCAUCACCUCUGGAUGGGGCUGUGUGAUAACUGACCUUCCCUGUUCGUUGUCCCAGUCUACACACACUGACCUUGCUAACGUACGCCCAGCGAGUCCGUCUUGGACUUCUCUUUGUUCACUGCUGUUAGAAACAGGGGCAGGGAAGAGCCAAGUGGCCCGCCCCUGUUGCCUGUGGAGGUCUCUUUCCCCGCGAGUGACCAAGCAAGCAUUCUUACUACCUCCCCCCCUCGCUAUUCUUGUUUGUUGCCUUUUUGUAAAAAUAAAGUUGAAGUUCAGAAA